AUGGCUGAUGUUUUCAUAUGCAAGAUCUCACAGACAAACACAAAUGGUAAAAUAAAUCAAAACUCCCUUACCAACAGUGUGCAAGACGAUGUGAAAAUGUUCGUUCACGAUACACCUGCUGCGUUCUAUGGUCGAGGCUUGAAGAUCACGUCUGAUAUACUCGAAAAAUGGUAUUCGGAAUACAAUGGUACUCUUCAAGAAUUUCAAAACUACUUACUAGAACAGACAUUCGACAAUCUGCUGUUUGCUGCUUGGUCCCUUCGACUUGAAAAACAAGCAAAUGUGGAAGUCAAUAGUCGAUGGUAUGAAUUGAUUGCCGAGUUUGCAGGUCGCGGAGCUUGUGAACAAGAAUGGUGCCAUACUAUUUUCAUCCUUGAUAAUAAUCAAUUUGUCAUUCAUCGACAGAGUACCGCUCUGCUUAGUCAUGGACUUACAGGUCUUUCGAGUUGGCCAGCAUCGAUCUUUCUUGGUGACUAUCUUAUGAAUAGAAUCGAUUUGGUGAAAAAUAAACGUGUUAUUGAACUCGGAGCGGGAUCAGGACUGCUUGGCUUAGCUCUUCUGAAAUAUUCGAACGAUAUCUCUUCGUAUACAUUUACAGAUUAUUCGCCAAUGAUACUGAAUCUUCUACGACAAAAUGCACUACUGAACUAUUCCGAUGAACAACUUAUUGCAAAAUCGGUGAACAUCGAAGAAUUGGAUUGGAAUCAUUGUUUGACUGAAACUGUCAAUUCAGAUAGCUUUGAUUUUAUUUUGGCAGCCGACGUUGUUUACGAUCCCUCGAUCAUCGAAAAUCUAGUCAAAACUAUUCGAAUUCUUCUGCAAAAUAAUAGAGCAAGUUGUGCUUACAUUGCCAAUGCAAUCCGUAAUGAUUCAACCUACAGUCAAUUCCAAAGAACUUUAAUUCAAUCAUCGAUCAAGGUUCAUCCGAUCGCUAAGGAUGCUUGCCAGUCGAUUGAAAUCCUUCAGUUGACUGUGUAA